UUUACUGGGUUUCAGCAGUAGAGGGCUGCAAAUAUCCUAGCUAUUUAAUGUACUUCUGCAUGGUUGUAUCCUGUAAAGUUGUAACUGGAUUGUUUUUUGCUCUGUUUUUAUUCUGCUGGCGGUGUCUUGAGCAUUUCUUGGUGUUAACGAAUGUUACCUUAGUGUUUGACCUUAAUAUAGACACACUUGCUAACAGGUGCUUUAACCAGGUGAAUGUUGGGAGUUCGAGCCCUGUUUGGAAUCGGUCUUCUUGUGACAUCACGAGGAGGCUCUGUCCUGACCCAUACAGGCGCAUGUGCACAUGUUGCCAGUAACAUCUACAGUAAAGACCUCGCUCUCAGACAGGCAUGCACUAUGGCCAAUACAAUCAAGUACUUGGGGCAAGAAGAGGCUCAGCACAUUGAUGAGGAGCUGUUCAAUGAGUACAGCUUCAGUGUGGAUCAGUUAAUGGAGCUGGCCGGUCUGAGCUGUGCCACAGCUGUGUCAAAGGGCUAUCCUCUACAAUCACUGCUCAAGAGUCCACCUAGAGUUUUGGUGAUCUGUGGGCCAGGAAAUAAUGGUGGAGAUGGGUUGGUUUGUGCUCGACAUCUCAGACUGUUUGGAUAUGAACCUUCAGUAUUGUACCCAAAGCGCCCCAACAAACAGCUGUUCCAGAAUCUUACCACCCAGUGUGAGAAGAUGGAUAUAUCCUUCCUGACAGAGUUGCCUGAGGCUGUUGUGAUUGAUGAAGUGUAUAAUUUGGUGGUGGAUGCCAUCUUUGGAUUCAGUUUUAAGGGUGCGGUGCGAGAGCCGUUCGGUGACAUCCUCUCCCAACUAAAGAAAAUCACUGUGCCCAUUGCUAGUAUUGACAUACCUUCAGGUUGGGAUGUGGAGAACUGCUGUCCUGAUGGGAUUCAGCCUGACAUGCUCAUCUCCCUCACAGCCCCUAAGAAAGCAGCCAAUCACUUCAAAGGACGCUACCACUUCCUGGGAGGAAGAUUUGUUCCUCCUGCACUUGAGAAGAAGUUCCAGCUGAAUCUGCCUCCAUACCCAGACACUGAUUGUGUGUAUCAACUGAAGUGAGCAUUAAGCCCUUCAUGUCACUAAUCAACAAAAAAACAAACACCAUGGGUUAUAACUUUGAUUUACCACUCUGAAUACUUCUUCCACUUUCAUGUAAUGGGCAGAUAUAGAAUUGAUUAAUCAUCAUCAGUCAAUAAUUUGCGAAACUCCUUAUUGCCAAGCAUUGUUACCGAAUGUUUCAAAGGAAUCACUCUAAUUAGUUAUGUAUGAAUUUAUAAAAACCUCUAAUUAAAAUAAAUUUUAAAAAUAUAUAUUUAAUUAAAGUUUUUGAUGGUUAUGGAUUUAAUGACUAAGCCUGAAUAAUUACGGCAUUAUUGUUUUGUGUUUAAAUAUA